AUGCGUGCUGAAGCUCAACAUGAGAAGAUUGCUGAGGAGUGGAUAGCCCUCAAGUUGAUCAAGAAAAGUAGCAAGAGGAAAAGAACCCCGCCGAUCUCGAAUCAACAAAUGGGAGUUGCUGAAUCAGGUGUUCUCGAAAGGGAACAGGAGAAGAAGAUCUUAGUCGACUGGAUUCUGUCAGAGGAUGAUGCAUCAAUGAAUAGAGUAUCAGUCAUUGCCUUAACUGGAAUGGGGGGUCUUGGCAACACCACAGUAGCUCAUCUCAUGUACAAGGAUCUCAGGGUGAAAAGUUACUUCGAUCUAAGAGGAUGGAUCAGUGUUUCUGAACACUUUGAUGUCGCUGCUCUAUCAUGA